AUGAGAAACCAUCGCUGCAGUACUGACAGUGUCCGGGUGGGAGCGCCCUCACAUCACCGCUUCACAUCUACGACAGAAUAUCUCCUUUACGGCAGAGCAGUCAGAGCCAAGAUGGCGGCCACGAUGCUGAGGUCGCUCUCCAGGCUGGGACGUCCUUCAGCCAAAAUCAUUACAAACAGCAGCCCUCUCAGCCCGAGCUGCACCGUGCUCCAGAACAGGCAGAAGCAGUGGCAGCCCGAUGUGGAGUGGACGGAGCAGUUUGCUGGAGCGGUCAUGUAUCCCACGGCCAUCAACGAGAAGUGGAACCCACCGCCCUGGAACGACGUAGAUCCUCCAGCAGAGAAGGACGUGUCAAACCUGACCAUAAACUUCGGGCCGCAGCACCCGGCGGCUCACGGCGUGCUGCGCCUGGUGCUGGAGCUGAGCGGCGAGUCGGUGAAGAAGUACCCCUGUCUGUACCCCUGUCUGUACCCCUGUCUGUACCCCUGUCUGUACCCCUGUCUGUACCCCUGUCUGUACCCCUGUCUGUACCCCUGUCUGUACCCCUGUCUGUUCCCCUGUCUGUACCCCUGUCUGUUCCCCUGUCUGUACCCCUGUCUGUUCCCCUGUCUGUUCCCCUGUCUGUUCCCCUGUCUGUUCCCCUGUCUGUACCCCUGUCUGUACCCCUGUCUGUUCCCCUGUCUGUUCCCCUGUCUGUUCCCCUGUCUGUACCCCUGUCUGUACCCCUGUCUGUACCCCUGUCUGUUCCCCUGUCUGUUCCCCUGUCUGUUCCCCUGUCUGUUCCCCUGUCUGUACCCCUGUCUGUACCCCUGUCUGUACCCCUGUCUGUACCCCUGUCUGUUCCCCUGUCUGUUCCCCUGUCUGUUCCCCUGUCUGUUCCCUGUCUGUUCCCCUGUCUGUUCCCCUGUCUGUUCCCCUGUCUGUUCCCCUGUCUGUUCCCCUGUCUGUACCCCUGUCUGUUCCCCUGUCUGUACCCCUGUCUGUUCCCCUGUCUUGUACCCCUGUCUGUACCCCUGUCUGUACCCCUGUCUGUUCCCCUGUCUGUUCCCCUGUCUGUACCCCUGUCUGUACCCCUGUCUGUACCCCUGUCUGUACCCCUGUCUGUUCCCCUGUCUGUUCCCCUGUCUGUUCCCCUGUCUGUACCCCUGUCUGUACCCCUGUCUGUUCCCCUGUCUGUUCCCCUGUCUGUACCCCUGUCUGUUCCCCUGUCUGUACCCCUGUCUGUUCCCCUGUCUGUUCCCCUGUCUGUUCCCCUGUCUGUUCCCCUGUCUGUUCCCCUGUCUGUACCCCUGUCUGUACCCCUGUCUGUUCCCCUGUCUGUUCCCCUGUCUGUUCCCCUGUCUGUACCCCUGUCUGUACCCCUGUCUGUUCCCCUGUCUGUUCCCCUGUCUGUUCCCCUGUCUGUUCCCCUGUCUGUACCCCUGUCUGUUCCCCUGUCUGUACCCCUGUCUGUACCCCUGUCUGUUCCCCUGUGUGUACCCCUGUCCCACUUUCUGUACCGCUGCUCUGCCGUACUUUGACCGCCUGGACUAUGUCUCCAUGAUGUGUAACGAGGAGGCCUACUCUCUGGCCGUGGAGCGGCUGCUGAACAUCCAGGCCCCUCCCCGAGCAGAGUGGAUCAGAGUGCUGUUUGGAGAGCUGACCCGCAUCCUGAACCAUAUCAUGGCCAUCACCACGCACGCCCUGGACAUCGGAGCCAUGACGCCUUUCUUCUGGUUGUUUGAGGAGAGGGAGAAGAUGUUUGAGUUCUACGAGAGAGUGUCCGGAGCCCGCAUGCACGCAGCCUACGUCCGCCCCGGAGGAGUGCACCAGGAUUUGCCGCUGGGGCUCAUGGACGACAUCUACGAAUGGUGCAAGAACUUUUCCAUCCGGAUUGAUGAAGUAGAAGAGAUGCUGACGAACAACCGUAUUUGGAAGAAUCGAACGGUGGACAUCGGAGUGGUGACUGCGGAGGACGCUCUCAACUACGGAUUCAGUGGAGUGAUGCUGCGCGGCUCUGGCAUCAAGUGGGACCUGAGGAAGUCUCAGCCGUACGACAAAUACGACCAGGUGGAGUUCGACGUCCCCAUCGGGACCAGGGGAGACUGCUACGACAGAUACCUGUGUCGUGUGGAGGAAAUGAGACAGUCUCUCAGAAUCAUGAUCCAGGCCCUGAACAAGAUGCCAGAGGGAGAGAUCAAAGUGGACGACGCCAAAGUGGCUCCACCAAAGAGAGCGGAGAUGAAGACCUCCAUGGAGUCCCUGAUCCACCACUUUAAGCUGUACACAGAGGGAUACCAGGUCCCACCGGGGGCCACCUACACAGCUGUGGAGGCCCCUAAGGGUGAGUUUGGUGUGUACCUGGUGUCAGACGGCUCCAGCAGACCGUACCGCUGCAAGAUCAAAGCCCCGGGAUUCGCUCACCUGGCCGGACUGGACAAAAUGGCCAAAGGACACAUGCUGGCGGAUGUAGUCGCUAUUAUUGGCACCCAGGACAUCGUGUUUGGUGAAGUUGACCGCUGA